GUUACAACGUGCUGGAAAGAUAAUGCAGGCCAGGAAGCCCCUGGCAAAGCCGGAUCCCUACUGCGCUGCCGGGGCCCUUCGAGGUCCCGGGUAUCGGACACCAGGAUCAAAGACACAGACUGAAACCUAGCUGACCCGCCACACCAUGGCAUCCGGGGGACUCCUUGUGGCUGGCGCUUCCUUCACGGUGUUUCGGGGACUGCACUGGGGACUGCAGCUGCUGCCCACCCCGGAAUCAGUUCGGGACCGCUGGAUGUGGCAGAACAUUUUCGUUUCGCUGAUACACAGCCUACUCUCAGGAACUGGGGCGCUGGUCGGGCUGUGGCUGUUUCCCCAGAUGGUCGCCGACCCGAUUCAUGAUCACCCACCGUGGGCACGGGUCCUGGUAGCAGUGUCAGUGGGUUAUUUCGUGGCAGAUGGAGUUGACAUGCUGUGGAAUCAGACACUGGCUCAGGCUUGGGACCUUCUCUGUCACCAUUUGGCGGUAGUGAGCUGCCUCAGUACCGCUGUUGUGUCUGGCCACUUUGUGGGCUUCUCUAUGGUAUCUCUACUCCUGGAGCUGAACUCCAUCUGUUUGCAUGUACGGAAGCUGCUGCUGCUUUCUCAUAAGGCCUCCUCCUUGGCCUUCAGAGUAAGCAGUUGGGCCACCCUGACCACCCUGGCCCUCUUCCGCCUUCUGCCUCUGGGAUGGAUGAGUCUGUGGUUGUUUCGGGAGUACAACCAGGUGUCUCUUCCUCUAGUCAUCCUUUGUGGAAUUGGGCUGGUCACCGUGGGUAGCAUGAGCAUCUCACUGGGAAUCCGAAUUCUGAUCAAGGAUGUUUUGCAGUCUCGGCCCUACCCAUUUAUCCUCAUACACAAGGAGACUCAGCAAACCAAGUCAUCUGAGCCUGUUUCCAGGAACAGUUCCACUCUCAGUCUGAACUGUGGGGAGGUCUUCUCUUCAGUCAGCCCUCAGAGAGGUGGGGCUGGGAAGAGGUAGCCCACUGUAUAGUCAGUCUACUGUGUAGCAAGGACUAGACAGUGCCAUCAGGACCUUUUUCAGCUAACUCACUCCUCUCCCCUUCCCAAGAUCCAAGAAGAAAUGUGGGUGUUAGUGGCUACAUGGGAACCUAGGCUCCUGCUCACUGAAUUCCUUUGCUCCCACGUAAGGACAGACAAUGGGAGAAGAAGUCCUUCUAGAAUCAGAGAGACCUGGUGUGGAGGGGGCAGAGCCAGAAGCAGAGAGACCUCAUUUAUGAUCGAAUUCUGGAAAUGAGAUAACAGCCCAGGAAACAUUAUCUGUUGUCAGGAGGGAGGGGCAUUGCAGUCACCAGUGACAGACAGAAGAAGCCAGGCCACUGCAGUUGCUACUGAUCCUUCCGAUCCCCUAGUCAGACGGCAAGUCCCCAUUCUCCUCCACCCCCUCCCCUUACUGUGCACAGCCUUUCUAGUUCUUGUGCAUCUUCUGACCUUUUUAAAGAAAUGUACAUUCUUAGAUGAACAUGGUAUGUCUCCUAAGGCAGCACAGAAGCCCCGAACCACAGAAAGGACGCAAGUAUCCAACAUGAUCACCCAGUGCAAAGCUUUUCAUGGCUUUGUGAUGUUCUGAGCAUUGAGGUAGAGGCACAGUGGGGCAGAGGAGCCUCCCAUCCACCUCCACAGAGGCAGGGUAGCUGACCGUCUUAUGGAAUUCUUUUGAAGGCUCUCUCCACCCUUUCUCUGCAUCAAGUCUCCUACACACAUCUCUCUUUCUAGUCUAAAUGCCUAGACUACAGAACUGUAGAACAGAUUAAGGUUACUGUUGUACUGAAUGGCAGGGCAGAAAGUCAUAACUCUUCAUCAUCAACAGAAAAAGUACUAGGGGGCUGGAGAGAUGGUUCAGUGGUUAAGAGCACUGACUGUUCUUCUGGAGGUCCUGAGUUCAAUUCCCUGCACCCACAUGGUGGCUCUCAACUAUCUGUAAUGGGACCUGACACCUUCCUCUGGUGUGUCUAAAGACAGCUACCGUGUACUCAUAUACAUAAAAUAAAUAAAUGCAUCUUUUUUUAAAAAGCACUGCCAAGCCAGGCAGUGGUGGCACAUACCCUUAAUCCCAGCACUUGGGAGGCAGAGGCAGGCGGAUCUCUGAGGAAAACUUGAUCUACAGAGUGAGUUCCAGGACAGCCAAAGCUACACAGAGAAACUGUGUCUUGAAAAAGAAAGGAAGGAAGGAAGGAAGAGAGAGGGAAAGAGA